ACAUUUUGCUUAGUCCUAUAACAGAACUUUAAUUUAAACUCUUUUUUGUACGCUAAUUAUUUAUCAAGUAAGUAAAAUUUCCAAAUUUUCAGAAAAUAUAUAAGGGUUUUAAUUCAAAUCAAAGUGGUUUUGCGAGGGACUGGGAGUGACAAUCAUUGGCAAAAGAAAAAAGAGAGAGAGACGAUGUGCGAGAAAGCUCGAGUGAUAGUGAGAAUGCUACAAGGCUGCAACAGCAUGACCAAACUCCGUAAGAUCCAUUCACACGUCAUCACCAACGGUCUCCAACACCAUCCUCCAAUCUUCGACAACCUCCUCCGCUUCUGCGCCGUCUCGGUCACCGGCUCCUUAUCUCACGCUCUCCUCCUCUUCCAACAUUUCGAUUCCGAUCCACCAACGACGGCUUGGAACUACCUCCUCCGCGGCUUCUCUUCCCUUCUCUUCUACAAUCAAAUGCUCCUCUCCUCCUCUUCACGCCCCGACGUCUACACUUUCAGUUUCGCCCUAAAGGCCUGCGAGAAGCUCCGGUCGGUUCCGAAAUGUCGGGAGAUUCACGGCUCGGUAAUCCGGUCUGGUUUCCACACCGACCACAUCGUCUCCACCGGUCUUGUUCGUUGCUACUCUGCGGUCGGAAACAUUGACAUUGCCUGCAAAGUGUUCGACGAAAUGCCUGCGAGAGACUUGAUCUCUUGGAACGCGAUGAUCUCUUGCCUUUCUCAUGCUGGUUUACACCAUAAAGCGUUGAGUAUGCACAAGAGGAUGGAGAAAGAAGGCGUGGGCAUUGACGCUUACACGCUAGUUGCUCUGCUAUCAUCGUGUGCUCACGUCAGCGCUUUGAAUAUGGGAGUUAUGCUACACAGGAAGGCCUGUGAUGUUCGCUGUGAGGGAAGUGUCUAUGUGGGAAACGCUCUUAUCGAUAUGUAUGCUAAAUGCGGUAGCCUUGAGAACGCUGUUAGCGUCUUCAAUGGGAUGCGUAAGAGAGAUGUUACAACGUGGAACUCGAUGAUUAUGGGUUAUGGAGUUCACGGGAAAGGCAUAGAUGCCAUCUCGUUCUUUAGAGAGAUGGUGACUUUUGGGGUUAGACCCAAUGCCAUUACGUUCCUCGGAUUGUUGUUAGGUUGUAGUCAUCAGGGUUUGGUCAAAGAAGGAGCUGAGCAUUUCAAAAUGAUGAGUUCUGAGUUUUGUCUGAACCCCAAUGUUAAACACUAUGGAUGCAUGGUUGAUCUCUAUGGACGAGCGGGGGAUUUCGAUAAGGCGCUGGAGAUGAUACACGUGUCCUCCUGCCAUGAAGAUCCUGUGUUGUGGAGAACCCUUCUGGGCUCUUGCAAAAUCUACAAGAAUUUGGAACUUGGUGAAGUAGCUAUGAAGAAGCUGGUGCAGCUCAAGGCUUUCAAUGCAGGGGACUAUGUGCUUAUGACUUCUAUAUACUCUGCGGCGAAUGAUGCUCAAGGCUUUGCUAGCACGAGGAAGCUAAUGAGUAGCCAUGAGUUACGGACAGUUCCAGGGUGGAGUUGGAUUGAGAUUGGUGAUCAAGUUCACAAAUUUGUGGUUGAUGACAAAACGCAUCCGGAGUCUGCACUUAUUUACUCAGAACUAAAGGAAGUAGUCCGUCGCGCCGUACUAGCGGGUUACAAGCCAGAGGAGUCAAACGUAACUGGUCCAGGUUUCUCUGAUCGGUGUUUAGGAUCUUCGUUUCACAGUGAAAAGUUGGCUAUUGCUUAUGGAUUGAUGAGAACUCCUGCAGGAACAGCUUUGAGGAUCACAAAGAAUCUUAGAGUUUGCAGAGAUUGUCAUUCGUUUACAAAAUGUGUGUCGAAAGCAUUCAGUAGGGAAAUUAUUGUAAGGGAUAGAGUUCGGUUUCAUCACUUUGCAGGUGGUCUUUGUUCUUGUAACGACUACUGGUGACAACACUGUUCUCGAUUAGCCUAACAAGGUGGAUUAUGCUCUGUGCAAGAUCUACAUGACACCAAGGGGAAUUAAGAAAAAAGCAGAGGAAGAAGAAGAAAGAAGGAGGUGAAGCAUCACAAGAGGUUGAUCAGCCUUGUAAUCCUGCGGUUCAACAGACGCAUCCUCCACAGCGUUACCCGUUUUCAUGUGAUGAGUUUCGUGAGAUGUUUAACUCUGAGAACAACAUCCCAGACGAAGUUGAUGGGGUUUUCACUGGCUCUAUUGAUCUAAGCCAACUGGAUGAAGACACAGAGUCCAACAACAGCUCUGAUUUGAAGAAACCUUCAAAGAAGGACUGAUCUCGUAUCAGGUCUACGGAGAUCUACACAGAACUUAAUGUAUGGGGUUUUGUUAUCAAUUAGGUUACGUAGAGAACAAGGCAUAGAGAAUACAUCCUUGUGUCAUCUUAGUUUCUAAUUGCUAUGUGUGCACUUCCUUCAUCACAAUGUUCUCCGGAACCAAGUGAAGAUCAUCUUUCCUCUAA